CUGGCGUGACAGAGGACCGCUUGUGUGUAUAUGUCUGCUGCCUGGGCAUAAUACAGCUCACCGGAUACAAUUUCAAACCCACUUUGGAACUCCACGAGGAAGUAUAAUUUGAGGAAUAUUGUGACACUUCUCUGUAGUAUCUUGCAAUGUAGAUAAUACCUCAUAUUUGUAGGUUGAAUGGUGUGCUUAUUUGGUUAAUUAAUGUAGCAACGUCUGAACUCAUGGACGCUGUAUGUGAUGAUCAAAUCUGUGAAACACCUUACUGUCACAGUUGUUUGUAAAAAUAGUCAGUGAUCAGCAGAGGGAAGAAGUGAUGGUUCUUCGGUGUUUUCUUGUCAGAUGUUGGACUCAUUUCGUAAUCGGCUAAUGAUAACACCAUUGACUGAAAGGCACGAGAAAAGUGACUGGCUUCCCCCACCUACAAGCAUAACUCCAGGAGAGGUGAGCCGACAAGAAGGCGUUGGCAAUGUCGAUUGACGGAAAAGUGGGCAACUCCGCAGUUAUUGCGACACCCGUAGCACACGACUACAGCCCAUCCUUGGCGCAGAAUUUGGAGCUGCAAACUGAAUACGGCAACGAGCUCUCGAGAUUUUCGAGGCCGCUGCUGGAUUUCGCAGCCACUAUGACAGUCUUGAUCAUGGUGGUGGGAAUUCUGGGAAACCUUCUGACGAUUGUGGCUCUAAUCAGGUGUCCGCGCGUCAGAAACGUGGCGGCCGCCUUCAUUAUCAGUUUAUGUAUAGCGGAUUUCAUGUUCUGCACUUUCGUGCUACCAUUCAGCUCGUCCAGAUUUAUUUACGGCACGUGGAUACAUGGAGAUUUCUUGUGCCAGCUGUUUCCUUUCAUGCGGUAUGGCAGCAUUGGCGUGUCGCUGUUGUUAAUUGCUAUGAUCACUGUAAACAGGUACAUAAUGAUCGCACACCACAACGUGUACAGCAGGAUCUACAAGAAGGUGUGGAUCGGGGCCAUGAUCGCUUUCUGCUGGAUGCUUAGCUUCGGGAUGCAGAUCCCCACCCUGCUCGGAGUCUGGGGUAUGUUCGGGCUGGAUGGCAAACUGGGGACCUGCACCAUCCUGAGGGACAACAACGGUAACUCCUCGAAACCAGCUCUGUUCGUUAUCGCGUUUCUCAUUCCCUGCUGCGUCAUCGUCUGCUGUUAUGCCCGGAUAUUCUGGGUCGUGCACAAGUCCGAGAGCAGGAUGAGGGAGCAUGCGGCCGGAAUGCGCUCCGGGGCCACCAAAACGAAAACCAAGGAACAACGAGAGCUGAAGACGAAACGAAACGAGUGGCGCAUCACGAAGAUGGUGCUUGCCAUAUUCCUCUCCUUCGUCGUAUGCUACCUGCCUAUCACCAUAGUUAAGGUAGCUGACGAGGACGUUCAUUUUCCAGGUCUCCAUGUUUUGGGCUACAUCAUGCUGUACCUAUCGGCCUGCAUCAAUCCCAUCAUCUACGUCAUCAUGAAUAAGCAGUACCGACAAGCGUACAAGACAGUGCUACUGUGGCGGCGACCGAGGCUACUGUCCCUCACGCCGGUCGGCAGCAGCUGCGGAGAUAAAUCAAAAGACGGACAGAGCAAAACAAUGGUGUCACAAGUGUCGAUUGCCAUGUCCCCCAUUGUGCUGUCACAGAAGAACGAGGAACUUCCUGAGGUGUUCGACGACAAUUUAUAAUGAAGUGACCAACUAUGUCGUUAAUUAAUUACGUCACAGAACAGAAGUUAAAUUAUAUAUCGGACGAUUCACUUGGAGACAAAGAAACUCUAUAUAUGAGUUAAUCUUUCACUGCAACAGUAUACUCGUAUAAGGAAGUCUUUUUAGGCGGUUAAUGUGGAGUUGAUGUCUGACGUGUCAGAGACUGUCUCCAUCAUCAGGUAUUUAUGUGACGAAUGCUGUGCUCGCGCGCUAUACAAGAGAGACAGAGGUAAGAAAGUGCAGUGUGUAAAAAGAGGAAGUCGUGGGAGAAGUGCGAGGCACUUUAUUGGGGGUGAAAAAGAACAUCAUUUUAGUAGGUUUCCAGAUUUCUGAUAAAAGAGUCCCGAAGUCGAUGAGCGAAGUGUGAGAGACGAAAGAGGAAGUGAGGAUGAAUAGUGGAUAACACUACUAUUUAAGGGCGGCGGGGAACCGAAAUAUUCUCUUGAUCUGAAAAUUCCCAGACAGUGCCCUUUGUCGUUCUCGUGAGGUACGUCUGAGAGAGUAUAAAAGUUGGGAAGUGAAAAGGGUAGAGGACGUCAGAGGGGGCGCUACACAUAGACAAGACAGUAACUUUCAUUCAAGAGAAAUAUCUGGUCAUGAGCCCCAGCUGGGGCUCGACACCAAGACAGACAGACUGACUGACCGUCAGUUGCAACGUGACUCAGACUCAGACUCAGGAUAGAGGACUAAGAUGUGCACUUUGUUAUGGGCAGAUGAAAGUAAUUAAGUUGGUGCUUUACGGUAUAUGAUCGCAAUUUUUACAUUAACGUUGAAAGAACUAUAUUAAGAGUACAAAUUUGAUAUAACAUUGGGGGGUUAUAUUACAGAAAUUUUUUCAUGUUAACAUUGAUCUAACGCCCAAGCGUCGAUCAUACAGAUCGACACAUAUACCGUGGGUGCUUCAGCAGGAAUCCGUACGAGCCUAGAAAUUACCUCUUAUCACUUAGGGGACAAACGGACUACGAGUACAUACGUACCCGUAUAUUUCUCGCAUCUUUCUUCCAGACACCUUAAUAAUCACGGCAACAAAGAUUCACGUAACAAUGAAUUAGCUCGAAAUUAUCUUUAAACUCAAUUCGAAACUUCCGCAUCGACUUUUUUUUCAUGAACUGUAGCUGUUUCGUACCAGCCCUAAAAUUAUAUUAUUUUUUUGCUGCUGUAAUAUCGCCCUCGAAGUUACUGCUACCUCAGCAUACGAGUAGGCCAGCGUUAGUAUCACAGGCUUGUCACUCGAAAUACAUACAAGCGCUGGUCACGUAAUCAUAUUUAAUCUCUCUCCCCACACACAAAACCUAAAAUAAUAACACGUGCCUUUCCCUCGGUGUAGCCCAGUAGCUGCAGCCGGCGUGUAAGGUUGACAUCAUCACCGCCAUCUGUGAGCCGAUUGUCUAGAAACAUUUGGGUGCCUCGACGCCUCACAACCCUAUGGGUCUCCAAAGCCUGAUACAGAGAUAGCUUUGGCAUUUUUAGUCCAGUACCUGAGGUGGGAUGUGGAAUAAUUGACGUUGAAGCAAGUGGGAUUCGAAUACACCCAAAAUUUUACGCCACGAUCUGCUUGUUGGGGGCAAUAACGGAACAGACUUGGCGAGAGGAAGGCCUUACCUGUAUCACUCUCUCUAUUAUGUAUUUUGUAUAACUUACAUCCCCAUAUUUUCUCCCCAGUGAUCAUUUGACAUUUUUCAUGUUCUCAAAGGAAUCCUCUUGUCAUCAAUAUAAAGUAAUGUCCAUAUCACUGUAUCCUUAUUUAACUAUACUUUCUUUUAGUAUUUCUACUGCCAGAUCUAUCCUAAUGUCCUGCAUUCAAAUUUAUUCAUUUUUGGCUAUGUAUCCAUACUCAACAGAAACUACAGCUCUUUACCUGCUUACACAUCUCAUAGUACAGAGGUCAGAAUAGCUCAGCUGCUGUAGUGACAGGCUAAGGGCCACAUGGCCAAGGUUCAGUUCCAGCAGGGGCAAGAGAUUUUUCUCUCCCCUCAGUGGCCAGACCAGCUAUGAGACCCACCCAGCCUCCUAACCAAUACAUAAUGCGGGGAUUUUCCCCUGAGGGUAAAGCAGGUGGUGAAUGAAGCUGAAAACUCACCUCCAUCUAGUGCUGAGGUCAAGAAUGGUGGAGCUAUACCACCACUCCCUCACAUAUCUUGAUGGCAUAGUGCUUAUUUAAUUAAGCACACGGACAGCUUCACCAUACCCUAUGUUACACCUCUAACAGUCUAUGUCCUUAUUUCUGCUCCACAUAUCAUAGUAACCAGGUAAUACAUCUUACAUAACUACUAAUCUUCACUUUUUCAAAAAUUUUCGAGUUCCAAUAAAUAUUGCCAACAGUUGAUUAAAUAAUUUGGAUCAAUGUGUUACUUCUGCAAUUUCUCUUUAAUUUUUCAUUUCACAAAAUGUUACUACCCAAAUAAGUUGAGUUUUCGACUUCAUUCAAAGAAUUUUGUCCCUGUGCUUAAUUAAUUAAUCACUAUGCCAUGAAGAAAUAUGGGGGAGUGGAGGUAUUGCUUCAGCUUGCUUGACCUCGGAACUAUAUGGAGGCGAGUCAAAGAGUUACACUUAUGUCCGUGAAGCAAACGCUUCAGCUACAAAACAAGCUAAACUGAAAUUCUCUACUCCAGAGCCUAAUAAAAAUUAAAGAGCUUUGGCUUCAUACCAGGCUCACAAUUUACAAAAGUGCUCAAAUGCUCUAAUUGACAACUUCUGUGGAGAUGCAGGAUCACAGGAACAAACAAUGGAACAAUUACUGCACUACACUCCCCAGCAGUGCCACAGGUCAUGAUAAUUUAUGCACUCUACAGAAAAAUGCAUAAGAGUAAUUGUCUUCACAGUGCAUAUCUGUCUGUUCUAUCUGCCUGUUAUUUAAUGCUAUUAUUAAAUGUAUUAACAUGACUAAAUUUCUGGUAUCAAUUAGGAAACUACUUUAUGUGAAGUAAGAUAAGGUAAGGUAAAGGUAAACCUAUCCUGUAACAGGCUGUGGAGGCCCACAGGGUUGUGAAAUGUCGAGACUCCCACAAUUUGUAGACGAUCGGCUCACAGAUGGCGGUAAGGUUAUUAGCCUUAUGCACAGCUAAGAUAUGAGAGGACAGACAGCAACAGAAAUGGCUUGAUGAUAUGAAGUACAUAAAAGUGUUUUAUUAAAUAACUGUAAUGACUAAUAACAUUUUUAUGUCAUAGUCUGAGAAAAUAAAUAUUCAAUUCUUAUGUGAUCUUAAUAUAUGUGUACAUGAAUGCAUAUGAUUGUUAUACAGUGUCCAAAGGGACGCACAGAUACUUUUGAAAACCAGGCUCAAGUUCAGUAGUAUGUUUAUAAUGAAGGCUAGAUAAAAUAGAAAGAUGAUGAUAAAAUUUUCUCUGUAAAAUUAUCUCUAAUAAAUGAAAACUGUUUAAAUGAAAAAUGAAAUACAAAAAAGUAAUAAAACUGUAAACAUAUACUGCUCAGUAACAGUGCAGUAUAUACAUUAGUACCAUGAAUGUAUGCCUUCAGAUUUGGGGUGCACAAACACACAGGCACACGUGUGUCUGGGGUAAAUAGGUCUACCACCAUAUGCAAUAAUUUUAUUUCAAGUACAAGUACAUAAGUAAAAUGGAAAACCAAUGUCAAUAUAUUUUGCUGUAUAGAUUAGAAGGAUACUUAUGACAGAAGAGCAAUACUUGUAACCAUAUUUCUGCAGAAAUGCCAUGGGUCAAUGGCAGUGUGUAAUAAAUAAACACUCAUACAACACA